CUUUUUGUUUCCAACAACUGCCCACUAUAACUCGUUGAAAACUCUGAACAUGUUCCUAUAAUCUCUUCCUAAUUCCAUCUUGACCAUUUUGCCUGUGCUUUCUCUCUCUCUCUCUCUCUCUCUUUCUUCUUCUUUUUUCUCUUGCCCAUUCCACGUUCUGCAUUUGCAACACUCAGCGUCACUGUUCCCCAACCUCCCCCACAACUGUACAUAACUCCAUUUAUUUCUUCCUUCUUUAUAUUAGCACAUUGCACCCUCCACUCCUAUACACAACCACACACAGCUCUCUCAUAUAUAUAUAUACACAUACACCACAUUAUAAAAACGCACUUCAAAAAAAACCGCCCUUUAACAACUGCAAUUAGCAACCUACAUUUUAACAUAAAUACCUUUCUAUAUAAAGCCCUUCUACCCCGCACUUUAUAAUUUGCCACAAACAACGACCAAAGAACAAAAAAAAAAAAUCAAGAACAAACAAACAUGGCCCAAACUUUGCAGAACAAGCAGCAGCAACAGCAACUCCCAUCAUCAAAAACAUCAACAACAACAACAAUUGAAAGACCACGACAGCUAAAAAAACCAUUGACUUUACCAACGCUGGACGAUAUGGAAGAAGAACAGCAAAAGAGACAGCAGCGCUGGUCUAGAAAGGGAAUAGCGUCCCCACCAUUGCUGACGCCCGAGAGCAACCGUGACGAUGAUCCAUUCGCAGGAAUGACUACGGGCGUCAACUAUCAGCAAGAAAUCGAACGACUCAAGUCGCUGGUGCCCAAAGUCGAUGGAAAGAAAGGGGGACGUCGGCCAAGAUCGGUGGGUGCCAUCGAGCGCAAACUGAAGCCUAUCGUGUCACCAACAGGAGGGGCUAUCACCACAGCCUUGGCAGCAGUAGCCGCUGCAGCUGCUGCUUCGAACAAUAGUAAUACAAACAACAGUAGCAGCAACAGUGGCAGUAGUAACAGACGUGCAUCGCCACCAGCACAUCAUCAGCGACCAUCGACGACUGAAACAACGCCUUCUUCGUCGCCAUACUACGAUGCAAACUCGCGCGUCACAAGCCCCUCGCUGUCGACCCCGCGGUCUCUUUCGCCUGUGCAAUCCGACUAUACUUCAAUGACGAUUCCUCCGGUGCCCGAGGAAGAUGAGGAGCAGCAGCAACAGCAGCAUCAGCAGCCGCCGCAACAACAGUCGUCGGUGAUCACCGAAGAGGAAAAGACGCGGUUUUUGCAGUUCAUGCGUAGCUGGACAGGUGGCUGGAAGGGGUGGGAACGCAAUGACGAGGAGGACGAGGAGGACCAAGUGGACGGACAUUAUAGCGGAAUGGAGUCUGUGCGGAGUGGCGGGUCGCUUUGGGCGGAACAGCUGCCUUGGACAAAGCAGAACAACCAUUCAAGUCGUCUUCGCCGUUGUUCUUGGCAAGAAGGCCCUCGUUCUCGCACCCAUCAUCAUCAUCAUCAUCAACUUCAUCAUCAGUACCACCACACGGAUCAUCGUCCAUUGGCCGUGACUCUUCCCGACCGCAAGUUCGACAUAUCGAUGCGGUCUGAACCGUGCACGCCGUUGCUUGCGCCGAGGUAAAGAGGCGACCACCAUCCCAUCUAUCCAUCUACCCCAUAACGAAUCAAGAAUCCCAUCUUGUUCAACAUCCACAUAUCUCGCACCUGCUCACAUUUGUCACCAUUAAAUAACACACACACUACAUCUUCGCUACUACAUUUAUUCUAUAUACACAACAAUGCACACUACAAAAAAGGAAUCCCCCUUUUAUAUCAUCUUCUUCCUCUUUCCACAUAUAACAACAACAACAACAACACUUGCAUCCCUCCAGCUAUAAACAACCCUUUCUCCUCCCUUGUCCCUGCUCAGCAUUUCCCUAUUGUCUACUCUUAUUAUUAUUAUUAUUAUUCCUAGUUCAUUUCCAUAAAACGUCUUUCUUCUUAUACAAACAACAGAGCAUGUUAAUGACAGAAUUGCAUCGUUGCACAGAAAGAGAGAAAG